AGCGGGCCUUCAAUUUCUGAACCUGAAAAUCCAAAACUGUCUGUCUCUUUGAUCAGCGAAAGUAGAAGAGAAACGAUUCAACGACGAAGACAUUGUUCAUAGGCAGUGUUUUGUAGAAAGAGGAGUCCGUGUUCUGGAUCUACGAGCUAUGGCUGGUGCGUGGAAAAGACGCGCAUCUUUGAUCGUUUUCGCAAUCUUACUCUUCGGGAGCUUGUUCGCAUUUUCUAUAGCUAAAGAAGAAGCUACCAAGUUAGGAACAGUUAUUGGUAUAGAUCUUGGAACAACUUACUCAUGUGUUGGUGUUUACAAGAAUGGACAUGUUGAAAUUAUAGCAAAUGACCAAGGUAAUCGUAUCACCCCUUCAUGGGUAGCCUUCACUGACGGUGAAAGGCUGAUUGGUGAAGCAGCUAAAAACCAGGCUGCUGUUAAUCCUGAGAGGACCAUCUUUGACGUCAAGAGACUUAUCGGGAGAAAGUUUGAGGACAAAGAAGUACAAAGGGACAGGAAACUUGUUCCAUAUGAGAUUGUUAACAAGGAUGGGAAACCAUAUAUCCAAGUUAAGAUCAAAGAUGGGGAGACUAAGGUCUUCAGUCCUGAGGAGAUCAGUGCUAUGAUUCUGACCAAGAUGAAAGAAACAGCAGAAGCUUACCUUGGAAAGAAAAUCAAGGAUGCAGUUGUCACAGUUCCAGCAUACUUCAAUGAUGCCCAGAGGCAGGCCACUAAGGAUGCAGGUGUUAUUGCUGGUUUGAACGUGGCAAGAAUCAUUAACGAACCAACUGCCGCUGCCAUUGCCUAUGGAUUAGAUAAGAAAGGUGGUGAAAAGAACAUCCUGGUCUUUGACCUUGGUGGUGGUACAUUUGAUGUUAGUAUCCUCACUAUUGACAACGGUGUUUUUGAGGUUCUUGCCACAAAUGGAGACACUCAUCUAGGAGGAGAGGAUUUUGACCAGAGGAUUAUGGAGUACUUCAUUAAAUUGAUAAAGAAGAAGCAUGGAAAGGACAUCAGCAAGGAUAACAGGGCUUUGGGAAAGCUCAGGAGAGAAGCUGAGCGUGCCAAGAGAGCACUGAGCAGUCAGCAUCAAGUCAGGGUUGAGAUAGAAUCUCUCUUCGAAGGUGUAGAUUUCUCUGAACCCCUUACUCGGGCUCGUUUUGAGGAGCUGAACAACGAUUUGUUCAGGAAGACAAUGGGUCCUGUUAAGAAGGCUAUGGAGGAUGCUGGGCUAGAAAAGAACCAGAUUGAUGAAAUUGUAUUGGUUGGUGGAAGUACCAGGAUUCCUAAAGUUCAACAGCUUUUGAAAGAUUAUUUUGAUGGCAAGGAGCCCAACAAGGGUGUCAACCCUGACGAAGCAGUUGCUUAUGGUGCAGCUGUACAAGGAGGAAUCUUGAGUGGAGAGGGAGGUGAUGAAACCAAAGAUAUUCUUCUCCUGGAUGUUGCUCCAUUGACUCUUGGUAUUGAAACGGUUGGUGGAGUGAUGACAAAGUUGAUCCCAAGAAACACUGUUAUUCCUACUAAGAAAUCUCAAGUCUUCACCACUUACCAGGAUCAGCAGACUACGGUCACAAUUUCGGUCUUUGAAGGUGAACGCAGUCUCACAAAGGACUGCAGGCUACUUGGGAAAUUUGACUUAACUGGAAUACCUCCAGCUCCUAGGUACUUGAUCCAACUGCUUUCGAUAAGAAUAUUUCAUGAGUUGCUUUUGCCUUUGAAAGCUGAAGAUAAAGCCUCUGGAAAAUCAGAGAAGAUCACCAUUACCAAUGACAAGGGUCGCUUGAGUCAAGAAGAAAUUGAACGUAUGGUCAAGGAGGCCGAGGAGUUUGCUGAGGAGGACAAGAAGGUGAAAGAAAGAAUUGAUGCCCGAAACAGCCUGGAGACUUACGUAUACAACAUGAGGAACCAAAUCAAUGACAAGGACAAACUUGCAGACAAGUUAGAGUCUGACGAGAAGGAGAAGAUUGAAACCGCCACAAAAGAAGCACUUGAAUGGUUGGACGACAACCAGAGUGCUGAGAAGGAGGAUUAUGACGAAAAACUGAAAGAAGUGGAGGCUGUGUGCAACCCAAUUAUCACGGCUGUGUAUCAGAGAUCUGGUGGAGCCCCAGGAGGUGCCAGCGAGGAAUCCGCCGAGGAUGAUGAUUCACAUGACGAGCUGUAAUAGAUUUGUAGGUUAUAGUUUUCUGUUGUCAAAUAGAUACACUUCUAAUUAUUUCUUAUGUAAUUUCACCAUAUGGAGGGUGGAACGUAGAACAACUCGGAAGAAACCGUGGGUAAAGGACGUAAUGUCGCUCUGGUCUCUUGCCUCUUGUUCAUUUUUUCGUACACCUGUAUAGAGACUUAAAUCAAUUCAGAGUUCAGAUUUCUGGUAUUCA